AGAGAAUUAAGGUACAUUGCAUCUUCUCCUCUCCUCAUAAAGCUAACCCUUGUUCAUUGCCAUCCAUCUUCAUAUCCUUCCCCCCAGUUUUCUAGCUUCAAUCUCUUUCAUGUUUUCAAGCUACAUAUGGUGACGUUUAAACCUUCUUCUUUGUUGGGUUUCUCUUCUUUUUUCUCUCUUUGGAGGUGCACGUAGGAGGCGCUUCUCUUUUUGUUCCUUCAACAUCAUAUGGAUGUCUAUUUUCCUCUUAGCAAGAGGUCUCGCAACAGUGCCUCUGGAGAGAGGUUUGAGCAGAAGAAACCAUCAAUUGAGGUUCUCCCUGAUGAAUGCUUAUUUGAAAUCUUCAGAUGGUUACGUGGUGGCCGAGAGAGGAGUUCCUGCGCUUGUGUUUCCAAGCGUUGGCUUAUACUUGUAAGCAACAUCUGCAAAUAUGAAAUCCGUGACAACAACAUCACCCAAGCUUUGAAUCCCAAGGAUGAGAGUACUAAUAAGAAGGGUGGAAGUGUUUCUGAGGUUGAACAUAAUGAUGUUGACAGUGACGGAUACUUCACAAGGAGUUUGGAAGGGAAGAAAGCAACAGACGGUGGACUUGCUGCUAUUGCCGUCGGGUCUGCUAGUCGUGGAGGAUUAGGCAAGCUUUUUAUUCGAGGUAGCAAUUCCUGGAAUAGAGUAACUACUGUUGGCCUCAGGGCCAUUUCCUGUGGAUGCCCUUCUUUAAGAGUUCUUUCCUUGUGGAACUUGUCUUCUAUUGGAGAUGAAGGUCUGUGUGAGAUUGCCAAUGGGUGUCACCGGCUAGUAACGCUUGACCUUUGCCACUGUCCUGCAGUUACUGACAAGUCUUUGCUCGCCAUUGCGAAGGGCUGUCCUAAAUUGAAUGAUCUGACCAUAGAGAGUUGUGCCAACGUUGGAAAUGAAGGUCUCCUAGCUUUAGCAAGCUGCUGUCCCAAUUUAAAAUCUGUUUCAAUCAAAAACUGCCCCCUUGUUGGAGAUCAAGGAGUUGCAAGCUUGUUGUCUUCAGCCUCAUAUUCCCUCACAAAAUUAAAGCUACAGGCCUUGAAUAUCACUGAUGAGAUGUUUUCUGUUAUUGCACACUAUGGCAAGUCAGUGACAGACCUUUCUCUCACUAGCCUCCCAAAUGUGAGUGACAACGGCUUCUGGAUAAUGGGUAAUAGUCAAGGACUACAAAAAUUGAAGUCUUUCACAAUUGCAUCCUGCCUUGGUUUGACAGAUCGGGGACUUGAAGCUGUUGGAAAGGGUUGUGUGAAUUUGAAGCAGUUCUACCUCUUUAAAUGUGAUUUGUUGUCGGAUAAGGGGUUGGUAUCUUUUGCCAAAGUAGCUGGUUCACUAGAAAGCUUGCAGCUGGAGGACUGUCACAGAAUUACCCAAAUUGGGCUCUUUUGUUCUCUUCUCAACUGCAGUGCAAAGUUGAAAGUUAUUUCUCUUGUGAACUGCUUAGGUGUUGUGGACCUAACCACAGGAUUGCCUCCUGUGUCCCCUUGUGAAUCCCUUCAAUCACUUUCCAUCCGUAACUGCCCUGGUUUUAGUAAUUCUAGCUUGGCUGUGUUGGGGAAGUUGUGCCCUCAACUGCAGCAUGUGGAGUUGAGAAGGCUUCAUGGAAUAACAGAUGCAGGGUUUCUCCAAUUGCUUGAGAGUUGUAAUGCUGGUCUUGUUAAGGUUAACCUAAAAGAUUGUAUAAAUUUGAGUGACAAAGCUGUUUGUAGGUUGACAAAUUUGCACAGGUGGACUCUGGAAACGCUGAAUCUUGACGGUUGUAAGAUCAGUGAUGCUAGUUUGUUUGCAAUUGCAGAGAACUGUCGGUUACUCGGUGAUCUUGAUGUCUCCAAGUGUGCUAUCACUGAUUCUGGAAUUGCAGCUCUGGCUCAUUCUGAUCUGAUCAAUGUGCAGAUCCUCUCUGUGUCUGGAUGCUCUAUGGUCUCGGACAAGAGCUUGCCGUCACUCAGAAAUUUGGGUAAGACCCUCUUGGGGUUAAACCUACAGCAAUGCAAGGCAAUCAGCCGCAGUGCAAUUGACCUGCUUGUGCAACAGUUAUGGAGAUGUAAUAUCCUUUUCUGA